GCAGGCCCUCCAUACCCCUUGGCCGGCUGGGCAGUCCUGCUCUCCAGCCUGAGCUCUGAGACAAGGUCCAGGUGCCGACUGAGAGGAGCCCGUGGGGACGCCCGUCAGCAGGUGGCCGCGCAGUCAUGGUGUGGAACGUGGACGACCUGGACUUCCACCUGCCCUCGCACGCCCAGGACAUGCUGGACGGCCUGCGGCGGCUGCGCUCCCAGCCCAAGCUGGCGGACGUCACGCUGCUGGUGGGCGGCCGGGAGCUGCCCUGCCACCGGGUCCUGGCGCUGAGCAGCCCCUACUUCCACGCCAUGUUCGCGGGCGACUUCGCCGAGAGCUUCUCGGCGCGCGUGGAGCUGAGGGACCUGGAGCCAGCCGUGGUGGCGCAGCUGGUGGACUUCGUGUACACGGGCCGGCUCACCAUCACCCAGGGCAACGUGGAGGCGCUGACCCGCACGGCCGCGCGCCUCCACUUCCCCGCCGUGCAGAAGGUCUGCGGCCGCUACCUGCAGCAGCAGCUUGACGCCACCAACUGCCUCGGCAUCUGUGAGUUUGGGGAGCAGCAGGGGUUGCUGGGCGUGGCUGCCAAGGCCUGGGCCUUCCUGCGGGAGAACUUCGAGGCCGUGGCACAGGAGGAUGAGUUUCUGCAGCUGUCCCAAGAGCGGCUGGCCACUUGUCUGGCCGGCGACCUGCUGCAGGUGCAGCCGGAGCAGAGCCGGCUGGAGGCCCUGCUGCGCUGGGUGCGCCACGACCCCCAGGCCCGGGCCACCCACCUGCCCGAGCUGCUCGGCCUGGUGCACCUGGACGCCGUGCCCCGGCCCCGCGUGCAGCAGCUGCUGGCCACGGAGCCGCUGAUCCGGGAGUCGGAGGCCUGUCGGGAGGCCCUGUCCCAGGGCCACGAGGGGGCGCUGCUCGGGCUCCCGCAGGAGCUGGAGGAAGUUCUGGUGGUGGUCGGCGGGCGGGCGCUGGAGGACGAGGAGGAGGAGGGGGGCGCCCAGGAGCUGGCCCCCCGCCCCGGGAACUUCGCCUUCUACGACACCAGGGCCAAGAGGUGGAUGGCGCUCCCAGACUUCCCUGACUACCACAAGUGGGGCUUCUCUCUGGCGGCGCUGAACAACGAUGUCUACGUGACAGGGGGCUCUCGGGGCACCAAGACGGACACCUGGUCCACGACGCAGGCCUGGUGCUUCCCGCUGAGGGAGGCAGCCUGGAGGCCUGUGGCGCCCAUGCUGAAGGCCCGCACGAACCACGCCAGCGCGGCGCUCAACGGGGAGAUCUACGCCAUUGGCGGCACCACUCUGGAUGUUGUAGAGGUGGAGAGCUACGACCCCUACACGGACACCUGGACGCCCAUCAGCCCAGCCCUCAAGUACGUCAGCAACUUCUCGGCGGCCGGCUGCCAGGGCCGGCUCUACCUGGUGGGCUCCAGCGCCUGCAAGUACAACGCCCUGGCUCUGCAGUGCUACAAUCCCGUCACAGACGCGUGGAGCGUGAUUGCCUCGCCCUUCCUCCCCAAGUACUUGUCCUCGCCGCGCUGCGCCGCGCUGCACGGGGCGCUCUACCUGGUGGGGGACAAUACCAAGAAGGUCUACGUGUACGACCCCGGGGCCAACCUGUGGCAGAAGGUGCAGUCCCUGCACAGCCUGCACGAGAACGGGGCGCUGGUGCCGCUGGGGGACGCGCUGUACAUGACGGGCGGCCGCUGGCAGGGCAUGGGCGGCGACUACCACGUGGAGAUGGAGGCCUACGACCCCGGGCGCGACGCCUGGACCCGCCACGGCGCCCUGCCCCGCCUCUGGCUCUACCACGGGGCCUCCGCCGUCUUCCUGGACGUCUCCAAGUGGACCCAGCCCUUCGGGCCCACCCAGGAGCCCUGAGCCGCCCCUCGGCGCACCUGGAGCAGGCCCGGCUGAGCCCCCGCCCUGGGGGACGGCCCCCUUUCACUGUGGUUUGUGAACCAAA